AUGAAGCUGUUGAACAUAAUCAUCAGAGAAAUCCUUCUUUAUCUUGAAUUUAAGGACAUCCAAAAAGCGAGACUGCAUUUGAUAAACAAGCAAUUUUACCACAACAUAAUUGAAGACAAUGAGUUCUUGAGAAGAGCCCUGCUGAACAAGGUCUCGUUAUGUUUAGAUUAUAAUCAAGAAGAACAAUACCAGAAAGAAAUCUUAGAGCGAUUGGGCAAUUCCUUCCCCGAAGAAAAUAAGUGUGAUGGGUCGAUGCCAGUCAGAAUAUAUGAGAAUAUCGAAUCUUCCCCGAUCCAUAUCUUAUUAAAGUUACAAAAAUCACCAAGAAGGGUGUUUUGUAUCUGCCAGCGUACAACAGGAGGUCAGCAAUAUAGUUUAAGGAACGCAUUCUAUACCUUCUGUGAUGUCCAGCCAUUCAACCAAUACAACUCAUGUCCAGAAUUGUAUUUCCCUAAUGGUGUAUGCUGCAUCACUGGGUUGUUAUGGCAUGAAGAUAGUAAAGAUCUCCAAGAGUGGGAGGAUACACUAAAUUGCAUUGAAAAUUCAAUUGAAGAUUCUCCAAAGAAAAUAAAACCUAAAAAGAGUAAAAAGUCGGGACCCUUGACCUUUAGCUCAGAUGAUGACUACUGUGGCCGUGAUCAAUGAGAUGACAGAGACGAUCAAAUAACUAGAAUCUCAAAGAUCAAAGAAAAUCUUGAGAAUAAAGUCAUCAAACAGAUAGUCGGAAAAAGUGGAAAAUUUUAUUCUCACACAAAAGGCUCAGCUCCCAGCAAUGACAGUAGAAAAGACAGAGAGGAUUACGGAAUUUAUGAAUAUGAUACCUCAUGCUUUGAUGAUUUAAGUAGAAUUAACUUGUUCGUAUUAACAAAAGUUCACGUAUCAAUGAUUUCGGGAUGUUCUUGCCCAAUAAAAGCGUUUGCUUUAUUGAUCCAUGAUUCCCCCAUGUAUUGUGAGGAUCAUCCUUUGGCAUUACUUCUCAAGAAAGUGUAUGAGCUGUCAGGAUGGAAAUUUAAUGCUCCUAUAUUAGAGCCGAAGAGGAAGAAAAGAUCUGUUUGUGGGUUUUCCAGAAGAAUGGCUCAAAAGAUCAGGUCAAGUCUAAGCUCAUCCUCCAGUGAGUCAUCUAGCUCAGACGAAAUCGGAUCAGCACUUCUAUCUGUAAUUAAUAAGAAAAAUUUAGAGGAAUCAAAGGAUGAUACAAAGAAAAAUGUCGCCCCAAAAACUGACGAAAAAUUCAAGGAAUUUAUCAAGCUAUUCGCUACACUUUCAAAGGCUGGGCUGAUCCCAGAAAUGGCCAACUCAGUUGAUAGAUGGAUGGAGUUUGACCAGAAGUUUUACUCUAAAAGGCUUAGUGACAAAUACAUUAACGAAGAGGAAAAAUUUGACUUGACCAAGACUGGGUUGAAGAAACUUGACAUUGAAAAGAUCUCCCAACUUUAUUUAGACCUCAAUACAGAAGUGGACUAUUAUAGAUUAAGACUAGCAGCAAUCGGAUACGAUUUAAGCACCAAGAAGGAAGUUUAUGAUUACGCAUUCAAGCAUCUAAUUGCAGGAAGAUUUGUUACCAUUCUUUCACUGGAUAUUCAUGAAAUGGAUGAUCCCCGUCCAAAUGUGGAUGUAGGAGGGAUUCUGUUUGAAGGUCACAAGAUCCCAGGAAUUCUUAAAUUCUCUUCAUAAUUCAUCUUUACCUCACUAUUUUUCAUCUUCUCUUUAUCAGGUCGAUGCCUAGUUACUUUCUUCUCUAACUGCCCUUCUGAUAGCCUCUUACUUUUCUUCAGGUGAUUAGUUGGUGGUUUAUUUUAUUAGAUCUUUCUGCCAUCUUAGAAAAUGAUUUUAUUCAUAAAUUUAUAGUUUAACUUUUG